UCAUACUAUAAUUGAUAUGGUUAUUGUUUUGAUUCAUUCAUUGUAUUUUUUUAUCACCCAUCUUGAAAUUAUAUGGAUUGGCUAACUAUUGACUUAUCAAUCUAUAGGGUCUUGUUAUCUUCUAACUCUUCAUUACUGUAAACGAUUAUAUGUACAGGCAAUGGUUCGAAAUUGGAUCUGAAGUUUUUUAUAAUAGGUUUUAUAUGUGCAGGAAUUGGAAUAUUAACAGUCAUCUGUGUCAUUAUUCGCUGUUUCAGAUUAACGAAUUCGUCAAUUGUAUUAACCGGCUUUUUCAGGAAGGUAAUUAGAAAGAAUGAUCAAGAUAUUGAGGCAUUUAUCAGAAAUUGUGGACCUCUAGCUCCAAAACGGUACAGCUUUUCAGAAGUUAAGAGGAUGACCAAUUUAUUCAAAGAUAAACUGGGCCAAGGAGGUCAUGGUGAUGUCUUCAAAGGGAAGUUAUCAAAUGGACAUCUUGUAGCAGUGAAGCUCCUAAAUACAUUCAAAGGAAAUGGCCAAGAAUUCAUCAACGAAGUUGUAAGUAUCAGUAGAACAUCCCAUGUUAAUGUUGUCACACUACUGGGAUUUUGUUUAGAGGGUAGCAAGAGAGCUCUUAUCUAUGUGUUCAUGACUAAUGGGUCACUUGAUAAAUUCAUACACAGUGAAGAUGAUUUGAAGGCUAGUCAGUGCUUGGGCUGGGAAAAGUUGUACGAAAUUGCAUUAGGAAUAGCUAGAGGGCUAGAGUACUUUCAUUGUGGUUGCAAUACAAGGAUUUUGCAUUUUGACAUAAAACCUCGUAAUAUUCUUUUUGAUGAAGAUUUUUGUCCCAAGAUAUCUGAUUUCAGUCUUGCAAAACUAUGUCUUAACAAGGAGGGCAUUGUAUCGAUGUUGGAGGCUAGAGGACCUAUUGGACAUAUUGCUUCAGGAGUAUUCAAUAAAAAUGUUGAAGAAGUUUUACAGAAGUCUGAUGUCUAUAGUUACAGAAUGAUGAUUCUAGAGAUGGUUGGAGGAAGAAAAAAUAAAGAUGUUGGAGUGGUUCAUACUAGUGAAACAUAUUUUCUGCAUUGGAUUUACAAACAUGUCGAGAAGGGCAAAGAAUUAAAAUGGCAUGGUGUAAAUAGCUCGGAGGAAAAUGAAAUUGCGAAGAAGAUGAUUAUUGUAGGUUUAUGGUGCAUACAAACUCGCCCAUCGGAUAGGCCAUCCAUGAACAAGGUAGUAGAAAUGUUACAAGGAAGCGUUGAAGCCUUGCAUAUUCCACCAGAGCCUUUCUUAUCUUCUUCUGAAAGACUACCAAUAUAUUCUUCAAACACAUCCAUGUCAUGACUUAAUGUUUAGAGAAUAGAAUUAAU